UUAAAAGCUUUACUGGGGGGUAUGGUGGCUAGCCAAAUUCCCAACCAUACUGGGGGGCUGAUACAGUGGUAUCGGUGACAUUUAUCAGUCGUCGCUGUCAGCUGAUGGUCACAUUGGAAUUUCGAUGUCAUGUCCAAAGCUUGGGAGUUUAAUUGCCCGAAAUAUUUUAAUUUUGAACUUGGAGAUGAAGAGAAUGCCCCUUCAGCGGAAGAGUACUUUGAGAGUCACAAGGAUUCGCCAUUGCGGCGGCGACAAGCACUACGAACUGUGAAUACAACGCAUUUGAAGCCUGUGAAGUCCACGACAACCACAUUCGAAAACGGCCAUAGGAAAUUGCCUGCACCUACAACUAAAUGUCUAGAGAAAGCAAGGUGCAAGGGAAAGUGUAGCAAGCCUGCAACAUCGGUUCAUAACGUUUGCCACAGGACAGUACCAAGCAAAGCUAAACCUACUAUGGCAGAAUUCAUCCACAACUACUUCUUCAAAACCCCCGCUCGUCUUCGCUCAAAAAUGUCUGCCACAACCAAGCCUCGGCAUCCCAUGAAGACAACAGUACCAGUCUCGCCGAAGCUGAGGACUAUGUUGCGAGCAAAGCAGCGAGUAGCUGCCAAGAAGGCUCAAGUUUAAUUUUGUGACUGCCAUGCUUUAGAAAUUAAAUUUUGGUGAGCAAUGUUA